UCAUUCAUUAAUCUAAUAAUUUAUGCACCUGUUUGGGUUUGAGGCGCUAUUUUUGACAUACGUUUUGCAAACGAGUUGGCAACAGCGCUUUGUUUUGAUUUGACGUCAUUUAAAUGGCUGGUACUAGUUUCGCACGUGGACUCUUGGAGAAGUAUGGAUGGGCUGAAGGCAAGGGACUCGGAAAAAAUGAAUCCGGCAUUGCAAAGGCAUUGAAACCGAGGCUUAAAUUUGAUACCGCUGGGGUUGGGCACAAGAUCGAUCUCACAUCCCAGUGGUGGAGCAAGGCAUUCAAUGAUGCAGCUAGGAGUAUCAAUGUUGAUGUCUCUGAUGUCUCCGGGGCGCGAGGUGAGCACGCUUCCCCGACGUCACUGCUGCUCCAUGGUUCUGGCUUACUAAAGGUGUGCCUAGGGCGUGUGUCAUUGCACACGUCACAUCUCUCUAAAGGUGUGGCCUAGUGCGUGCUUCAUUGGGCACGUGACGGCGCAGCCAAUGGGGAGGAGGUGGCAUCACGUCACGAGUGUAUAAAAUGGGUGUAUAAAAAAAG